AUGUCGCGCUCCCGCUCCAGCGUCGCCAGCGACAACAAUGAUCGCUUGGAACCGCGCCUCCUCCGAGCCGUCGAACACGACGACCUCGACGCUCUCCGGCACGUCAUCGCCCAGGCGCGAGACAACGGACAGUUCAGCGAAGGGUUCCUGCGCGUGGGACUCAUGCGCAGCUGCGAUCGCGACAAGGCCGACGCCACGAAAUACCUGCUCGGACUGGGCGCCAGGACCGAUGGCGGUGCGAACACCAAUGCCAACAACAACAAUCGGCCCUCGCCGCUGCUGCGCGCCGUGGAGCGCAAUCAUCCGCGCAUCGUACAGCUGCUGCUCGAACACGGCGCGUCGGCCGAGACCCGUGACAAGAAAGGCCGCACGGCGCUGAUGACGGCCGCCUGGCGGAACCACUGGCAUAUCCUGCAGGUGCUGAUCCAGCGGGGCGCGGACGUCAACGCGAAGGAUCAUCGCGGGCGCAAUGUGCUGCAUAAUCUGGCGGCGGAUAAGCAGUGCGAUUGGGGCGAGGAUGUGGUGAACCUGCUACUGAAAACGACAUGUCAUGUCGACGGGGCGAUGGGACAGGACGAGCUGGGCCGGACGCCGUUACACUGGGCCUGCGCGACGGGGAAACGGCGGUUCGCGGAGCUGCUGCUGACGAGGCCCAACGGGCUCAUCGUGGACGUGAACGCCAUCGAGUCGAGGAAUAAGACGGCGCUGCAUCUGGCGGUUGCGCACGGCCGCGAGGAUAUCGUGCAGCUGCUCCUGCGACAUCGAGCGGAUAUCGGCUCGCGGAGCGAUGGCGGGUGGACGGCACUGCAUUACGCCUGCGACAAGGGCUUCGAGGAGCUAGUGAGGAUGCUGCUGCAUGCCGGCGCGAAGAUCAACAGCCAGCUGCUGAAUGGGGUCACGGCGUUGCAUCUGGCCGCGCAGGCGGGGCAUACCGAGAUCGUGAAGUGCCUGCUGGAGCGACAGGACCUGAAGCGCCGGAUCCGCGAUAACUUCGGGAGUACACCGUUCUUGCGCGCGGCGCAGUUCAAGCGCAAGGAUAUUGUGUCGCUGCUGGCGCCGUUUAACAACGUCGAUGGGCUCUCGGCUGAUGCCAGGGGCGCGUGUGAAGGGUUCGAGGCGACGGUAGUUGAUUUCGGGAACUUCCACAACGAGAACCGCGUGAAGAAGACGAGCGUGUUUAACCUACUCUUCGGUCGCGAUGCCGAGAAUCCUCGCAAACAGGCCUUCAAUGCGCUUCCGGCGGACAGCAAGGCCACCGAUUUCCGAUGGAUCCAUCUACCGGCCAACAACAUGGCCUGGGUGGAAGCGUUGCUGACCAAGGCGUUUAUCGAGGAAGGGGCGCACGACGUGGAUAGCUUCAAGGGUCUCGAGCGGUCGUUUCGCUAUCAGCAUCGUGGCCAGCGAACGCAUGCUCACUUCAUGCGUCCUCUGUGUCAGAGCUCCCCUCGGGCGCCACGGAUCCGCUCAGAGGAUAGCUCCGAGGAGUCCGUGGAAGACAAAGACACCAACGCUCCUCCGCACAUUGUCAUCAAUGGAACGUCUCAUGAAACGUCGCCCAACAUCCCGGCCCCGGGCCAAAAGGGCAAGAAACAGAAACCGCAAGGGGGCAAAUCCGACCGAGUAGACAAGGAUUCGCAGGACGACAGCAAUGGGCCUCAUGGCAAGAAAGCCAACAAGAACGCCAAACGAGGGAAGAGGGGAGGAGGGUCUGGAUUCAAGUCGGAGUCGAGAUUCCAUGGGCAUGAUCGGCAUCGCUCGCCGUUGUCCUUCUGCAAGGAAUCGGUGACGUGUAAUGUGUGCAUGUUCAUGCCCUACUUGCAUUUUGAGACGGCGGAGCGGCGCCAGAAGAUGCAGGAGGCGAUCCAAAGGGCCGAGACGCUGAAUCUUCCAGCCCCGGGCGUCAGUCGGUCCCCGACGCGCGACGAGAUGUUGAUCCGAGCCCAUCUGGCAUCCUCGUCAGCGUCGCUGCAUGUGCGACGCACGCUCGACCAGUUCUUCUACCCGAACAUCGACACGCAGAUCCGCGACCAGGACCAGGUGGUCUACCGGUAUCAGACCAAGGGCCAGGGCCGCGAGCGAUACUGGUCGGAACCGAAGAUCUUUAUGGUCGACCAGCUGUGGAUGUGGAUCAUCGGCACGAAUCUGAUCGUGACCAGCUUUCCGCAGCGCUGGGAUCAGCCGAAGAACGACCCGCUCAACGUGCUGGACGGGAUCAUCGAGGACAUCAACUCGAAGACGCGUGAGCCCGUGCGAUCACUCUACGGCCUGGCCAUCGUCAUCACCAACCGCUGCUCCGGCGUCUUUGACCGCCAUCGCAUGGGCGACGACGAGUAUCAGUUCCUGGACAUGUUCGAGGCCUCGAUCGGCAUCGCGACAGAUCGCGAGACAGUGCUCUUCAGCCGGUUCAACCGCGCCUCGGCACAGGCAUCAGACUGGCUCAAGAGUCACCGCAAGCUCAGCCGCUUCGCACGAGCCCGCAAGAACAAAGGAACCGAUGCGACGGACCGUCACGACCACCGUCUCCUCGAGCCCUCAACCCACGGCCACGACCACCUCGACAACGACGACGACGACGAAGAAGAAGAGCCCCUCUUCGUCGACAACCUCCUCGAUAUCGGCCAAGAAACCGACCUCCUCUCCGAAACCAAAGACAUCCGCGACGAGCUCAACAUGAUCCACACCGUGCUGCAACAACAACAGCACGUCCUGGCCGACCUCCAAGAAGUGAUCUGCGACGGCCAACAACGCUCCCAAUACGAAGCCCGCAAGCGCUUCAAAGAACAACAACGCACCAUCGACAUGCACAUGAAAGACAUCGAACGGAUGGACAAACAAGCCGAGCGGAUUUACUCCUCCAUCACCGACCUACUAGAUCUGAAGCAAAAACACGCCAACGCCUUCGAGGCGCGGUUCGCGCGCGACCAAGCCGCCGGAACGACCCGCCAAGGCAAGAUCAUCAUGGUGUUCACGAUCGUGACGAUCAUCUUUCUGCCGAUGUCGUUCAUCACCUCCUUCUUCACCAUCAAUAUGGAAGAGUUCCCGCACGCCCCGAACGGCGACUCUCAGCUUCGGUUGCACUAUGUCGCCAAAUACACCUUCGGGAUCGGCUUCGCGAUUUCCAUCCCGUUUAUCUUGCUGGCCCUGGCGGUCGACGAUAUCGGUGAUGGAUAUCAGGAGGGGAUUCGGCGCGCGAGGCGGUGGAUGUCGACGCGGAAGACGAGUCAGGAGGGAAGGGGGAGGGGGAGGGGGAGGGGGGAUGGGGGAGAGUUCUAUGCGACGCCAACGGCGUUGGAGAUGGAGAAGAUUUUUAGUGUGCGGCGUAGCGUGGAUACUCAGUUCGGGGGGAGUUUGUUGCCCGUGUCGACGAGGGGGACGGGGCAGACGGUGGGGAAGAGUAUGCUUGUGAGGGGUGAUUUGGAUUGA